CGCUCGCCCAGGCGACACAACACGGGAAAACCAUACAAAAGUGGACUAGUCCGACUACCAGCAGCUCAGCCGCACCAGCGACCGGGCCAACCACUCGCGCUUCCGUUGCCCUUCUUCCGCCUCCGCUGCUCUCGCUCGCUCCCUCAGCGUCCCAGAUCCAGCCGCCCAACGAUCUGGCUUCCAGCAUGGCGGCGGCUGCGAAGGCGGCGGGAGCCCUGGCGCUGGCGCUCGUCCUCGCGCUGGCGGGGGCCAACUCCGAGGGCGACGCGCUCUCGGCGCUGCGCCGCAGCCUCGAGGACCCCGGCGGCGUGCUGCAGAGCUGGGACCCCACGCUUGUCAACCCCUGCACCUGGUUCCACGUUACCUGCGACCGCGACAACCGCGUCACCCGCCUAGAUCUUGGUAAUUUGAACUUAUCUGGUCAUCUGGUGCCUGAACUUGAGAAACUGGAGCAUCUGCAAUAUCUGGAACUUUACAAAAAUAAUAUUCAAGGAACAAUCCCGUCUGAGCUUGGUAACCUGAAGAAUCUAAUAAGCUUGGACUUGUACAAGAACAACAUUUCAGGGACUAUACCUCCCACCCUUGGAAAGUUGAAGUCCCUGGUAUUCUUGCGGCUCAAUGGCAAUCGUUUGACUGGGCCGAUUCCAAGGGAACUUGCUGUAAUAUCUAGUCUCAAAGUUGUUGAUGUUUCAAGUAAUGAUCUGUGCGGAACAAUUCCCACAUCUGGACCAUUUGAGCACAUUCCUCUGAGCAACUUUGAGAAGAAUCCACGCUUGGAAGGUCCAGAACUACAAGGCCUGGCUGUAUACGACACCAACUGCUAGAGGGCAACAUGGAGAAAAGAAUGGCUAGAAAGUAACGGGCGUACAAGGUUCCUGAAAAUCGAGUGAUAUAGAUUCUGUUAGGUCUGGUCCUGCCACCCUGUAAUCCUCCCUGCAUAGCUCUUAUUUGUGCCUUGCUGUCAGCAAGAAAGUUGUAUGUUUUAGGUUUAGCAAUGCUUUCUGUCUGCGAAAGUAAACAUGAAACUGCUUAUUAUGGCUGAAAUGAUAUCGUCAUUUUCUCUACGAA